AUGAACAAUCAAGCUCGAUUGUCGUGUAGCAGUAGUAUUCAACGUCGUGGAGGAAGUAGCAAGUCGAUGAAAACAUCGCUUCUUCUCCUCUUCACAACGUUUGUUGUCAUGUGGGCAGCUGGAUUAAUGUUUUCAGGCUCCCCUAAUGAAAAUAACAUGGUAAACGCACAAAGUCUUUCUUCAAUUUUUGGCACUGAUGAUGGUGAUGAUUUUUUAACACAAUUAAUUCUUGGGAGUGCUCUUGAUGAUGAAGGAAUGAGUGUUAAUUCUGAUGGAACGGCUUGUGUUAAUCAAAUGGAUGAGACAGAUAUUGAUUAUUAUCAAUCCUUAAUAGACUCUACAUCAUUUUACUACUUGAAGUUGGAUUCAGCAUGUGAAGUAGUUGCUAUUCCUGCCAAUAUCACAACUAAUACUACUACUUUAAAUGUAACAACAACAACAACAUCUAAUACUAGUACUACUGGUACUACUACCACUGAUAGUUUAAGUACAACCACCAUUGAUACUACCUCUACCAGUGAUUUCAGUUGGAUGAUUGCAGAUGGAUAUUUGUUCGAAAAGGCAGCAACUACCUUCUGUAAUCAAGCUUCUUUGGAGGCUCAACAACAAGAAGACAUGUACCUUAAAAUGUUAUUCUCUUCCUCCUAUGAAUCUGACUUGUUGAGUUAUGUUAAUUUGGAUGAUAUUAUAAGUGGUUUAGAACCAGAGUAUACCCUUAUUGAUUGUUCUGUUCCAAUUGUUAAUGUAACUUCAAACGCAACAAACUCUACAAGCUAUGCUUCCACUAGCGUUGAUGGUAUGGUUUCAGCAACAACAGAAACAGCAACAACUCAACAAGAUGAUGGCUCUUUGGCUUGGUUGAUUGAACCAUAUUUGUUUGGCUCUGAUGAUGCUACUAGUAGUAGUAGCAGUGGUGGCGAUUUUGAGGUGAAAGAGUUUUGUGAUCAGGCUUCUUUGGAUGAUCAACAACUUACUGAUUCACUGUUGAGAACUGCUCUAGGAGGCUCUGACUUGGGUUCUUUUACUGAGCUUGUUGACCUUUCUUCAAUUUUGAGUGGCAUUGGACAAAUUCAAUAUGUUCUCAAAGAUUGUACUGUUCCACCAACACCAAUUGUCAACAAUUCAACCAAUACUACCACUCCAAUUGUAACAUUAGACAUUGCCUCCCCACAAGAAGUUGGUGAUUCAUUUGAUUGGUUUAUUACUGGUCCAUAUCUGUUCGACGCUGCCGAUGAUGCUACGAGUAGUAGUAGCAAUGGUGGUGGUUUGGUGAAGGAAUUUUGUGAUCAAGCUUCUUUGGAUGCCCAACAGUUUGCCGACUCACUUUUGAGAAUGCAAUUGGGUAAUUCUGACUAUCAAAGCAUGUUUACAGAACUUGUUGAUAUUUCCACAAUUACUAGUACAGUAGAACAGAUUGAAUAUGUUCUCAAAGAUUGCACUGUUCCAACAAUAGUCAGUAAUGUUACAAACACCACUCAAAUUGCUCCAUUAGAAGUUGCUUCACAAGAGGAUGAUGGUGAUUCAUUUAAUUGGCUUAUUACCGGUCCAUUCCUUUUUGAGGAUGAUGGUGAUAGUACCGAUAGUUUGGUGAAAGAAUUUUGUGAUCAAGAAUCAUUGGAUAAUCAACAAGUCUAUGAUGCACUUUUGAGAAUGCAAUUAGGUAAUUCUGACUAUCAAAGUUUGUUCACUGAUCUUGUUGAUACUUCCUCAAUUAGUGGUAUCGAACAAAUUCAAUAUAUUCUCAAAGAAUGCACAAUCAACCAAGGUAACAACACAACCAACUCUACCUCAACAACCAGUGUAGAAGAAACUUUAGACUCACCUCAAUUCGAUUGGACCAUUUCAGGAGUUUAUCUUUUUGAGACUCUUUCUGAUGACGCUGCUACUGAGCAACAAUAUGUUUUAUGUGACCAAGCAGCCAAAGAAACAAAGGAAGUUGAUGAUUUAUUGUAUGGUCUCAUGUUGGGUGUUGAUGCUAACCAAUUGACUACUAGCUUACUCACACAAGAUAUUUUAACUGGUGAAACAUUGUUUGCUGAAUAUCAUGUUCAUGAUUGUGUGACUGUGCAAAACUCUACCACAACUACCUCUGAGACUAUUGAUGAGGAGGAGCAAUAUGAUUGGUGGAUGUCUGAACCAGAAUUAUUUUCUACUGAACCAAUGCAAUUCUGUGAUGAACAAUCAGUUAUUGAACAACAAGCCUCCGAUCUCUUGUAUAACAUGAUGUUUUAUGGAGCUAAUGCACCAGAGCUUCAACCUUCACAGUUCAAUCUUCGUGAUUUAAUACUUGAAAGAGAAGAACCUCAAUAUACCAUCAAGUCAUGUGUUACCGAACCAAUUGCCCUUCCAUCCAACAAGACAAUUGAAUGGGUUAUUGAAAAAUUGAAUGGUUCUUGUGUUAUUGGAUCUGAGGUCAAGAUUGUUAAUUGUCAAAUGGUUGACAAUGCUACUGUACACCUCUCAAAUAAUUCAUUCUUGAAUUAUUCUGUCACUUUAAUGCCUAAUUCAUACACUGUUUUAGUGACAGUUCUUCCAGAUUCUGGUUACAAUAACAUUACACAAGUAGUUGUCUCACUUUUCAAUACCAUGAUUGUCACUCAACUUCCGAACAUUUAUUUGAUUACAAGCAGUAAUGAUAAAAUCCUCAUUGGAUCCCAUUCCAAUGGUGAUUCUCUACUCUCUAUUGCACUGGUUGUGAAUGGAACAAAUUUGAAAGUUUUCUUGAGUUCCAAUCUUGUUUACAACACUGACAUUUUCGACACCUCAAAUGUUGGUAAUAUCCUAGUGGGAAGAAGUCCUUCAUCUCCUAUUUAUCCAUUCAGUGGUGACUUGUUAUCAUUCUCAGUAUUGCCAAGUGCUUCCAAUAAUUUGAGUGCUAUAUUUUCUGCUAUUGCUAGUCAAUAUCAUCCUUCAAUAAGUGAUGCUUCAACACAACCAACAGAUGUUUUGUGGUCUAUUACUAAAGAAGGUAAUAAUUGUAAGAUUGGACAGGCAAUUGUUCAAAAUUGUACCACCUCAUCAAACUCUACCUUGUUGCUUUCUAAUGGAUCAUUUGUUUCUUUGAGCUUGGAUGAACCACUCACUGAUAGCUUUAUUGUUUCAGUUGUUGUAAAGCCUUUAUCUUCAAAUCCUGUAACUCAAGUUUUGUUGGAUAUCGGUAAUGACCUUAAGGUUGUUGUAAGAUUCCCAUAUGUUAUUUUGAUUGUUAAUGGUGUGGAAUAUGUAGUAUAUACUCUUCCUUCUGAUCCAAACUCUAUUACUCCAAUGCCAGUAAUUGUUCAAUUCACAGAUCCUGGUUUAUCCGUUCUCGUGAAUAAUCAAGUGGGAUAUCAAAACUCUACCAUUGCACAAAUUCCAAAUUCUAACAAUAUUUUGAUUGGAAGAUCUGACGAUUUACUGCAUGCUUAUCCAUUUAUUGGUGAAUUGUCAUUCUUUGAAUUGUUGACAAAUAAUGUAACAAAUCAAACAUUGUCAAGCAUUAUCAACACUGUAUCAAGUGUAGUUUCUUCAACAACCAACACUCCAAGCCCAACUGCUACAAACACAACCACUAACACUCCUUCAUCAAACGUUACAAAUACAGAAAUUAUUUGGGCAAUCACCAAAGAUGGUUCUGAUUGUAAAAUUGGACAAGCAGUGGUAAAGAAUUGUGCAACAGCUUCCAAUUCUACUUUGUUACUCUCCAAUGAUUCAUUCAUUUCCUUGAAUUUAAGUGCACCACUCACUGACAGUUUUAUCGUUUCAGUUGUGGCAAAGCCUUUAUCAACUAGUCCUGUAACCCAAGUUUUAUUGGAUGUUGGUGAUCUCAAAGUCAUUCUCAGAUAUCCUGAUGUUAUUUUGAUUGUUAAUGGCGUGGAAACUGUUAUUUACACUUAUCCAACAACCUCAAAUCCAAGAAAUCUUGCUGCAACCUCUUUCGUUGUUCAAUUCACAGACCCUGGAUUGUCAUUAUUUGUUGAUGGAAAUUCAAAAUAUCAAAAUCCAGCCAUUUCACAAAUUCCAAAUUCUGAUAGUAUUCUCAUUGGUAGAUCUGAUGACUUGCUUAAUGUUGCAAAUGUUGUCUCUUCAACAUCACCAAGCAAUCCAGCACCAGUGUCAAAUACUACCAACACAGAGGUUGUUUGGGCUAUUACAAAGGAUGGUUCUGACUGCAAGAUUGGACAAGCAGUGGUCAAAAAUUGUGCCACAGGUUCUAAUUCUACAUUGAUGUUAUCAAAUGAGUCAUUCAUUUCUUUGAAUUUGAGCGCUCCACUCACUGAUAGCUUUAUUGUUUCAGUUGUUGCUAAACCUUCAACAACCACUUCUGAUCCUCAAGUGUUAUUGGAUGUCGGUACUGGUCUCAAAGUAAUUAUUAGAUAUCCACAUGUUAUUUUGGUUCUAGAUGGUGUUGAAACAAUUAUUUACACUUAUCCAACAACCUCAAAUCCAAGCAGUCCUGAUGCAAACUCAUUCGUUGUUAAAUUCUCCGACCCAGGUUUGAGUGUAUUUGUUGAUGGAAAUUCUAAAUAUCAAAACCCAGUCAUUUCACAAAUUCCAAAUUCUGACAAUAUUCUCAUUGGAAGAUCUGAUGAUUUACUGAAUGCUUAUCCUUUCAAUGGUGAAUUAUCAUUCUUUGAACUAUUGACUAACAAUGUUAACAAUCAAACUUUAUCCAAUGUAAUUAGCACAGUUGCAAAUGUUGUCUCUUCAACAUCACCAAGCAAUCCAGCACCGAGGUUGUUUGGGCAAUUACUAAAGGAUGGUUCUGACUGUAAGAUUGGACAAGCAGUUGUUAAAAAUUGUGCAACAGCUUCUAAUUCUACAUUGAUGUUAUCAAAUGAGUCAUUCAUUUCUUUGAAUUUGAGCGCUCCUCUCACUGAUAGCUUUAUUGUUUCAGUUGUUGCUAAACCUUCAACAACCACUUCUGAUCCUCAAGUGUUAUUGGAUGUCGGUACUGGUCUCAAAGUAAUUAUUAGAUAUCCACAUGUCAUUUUGGUUAUCGAUGGUGUUGAAACAGUUAUUUGCACUUAUCCAACAACCAAUCCAAAUAAUAUUGACGCCACAUCAUUUGUUGUUCAAUUCACAGAUCCAGGUUUGAGUGUAUUUGUUGAUGGAAAUUCUAAAUAUCAAAAUCCAGCCAUAACACAAAUUCCAAAUUCUAACAACAUCUUGAUAGGUAGAUCUGAUGACUUACUUAAUACUUAUCCAUUCAACGGUGAAUUAUCAUUCUUCGAAUUGUUAACCAAUAAUGUCAAUAAUCAAACUUUAGUUAAUGUCAUUAAUAAUGUUCAAAGCAUCACCAAUAGUCAAGAUUCGUCAAAUAAUCCAGAUAUCACCUGGUCUGUUACAAAGGACGGAAGUGACUGUAAGAUUGGUUUAGCAGUUGUUAAAAACUGUACCACUACCUCAUCAUCAUCCAACUCAUCCUUAUUGCUCUCCAGUGAUUCAUUUGUUUCAUUGGAUUUGGCUUCACCACUUACUGACAACUUUGUUCUUUCAUUAGUUGCCAAACCAUCCACAACACCAACAACCUCCAAUCCUCAAGUCUUGUUGGAUAUUGGUACUGGUCUCAAAGUCUUCUUGAACUCUCAAAAUGUUAGUCUUUCUUUGCUUGGUUCUAAUACGGUUAUCUAUUCAAAUAGUUCAUUGCAAAGCAAACCAGUAUCACUUUUAGUUGAAUUUACUGAUCCAGGUUUGGUAGUUGUCAUGGAUAGUAAGGUAGUUUAUCAAGAUAACACAUCUUCCAUUCCAAACUCUGAUAACAUUUUGAUUGGUAGAACCAAUGACCUUCCUAAUCCAUAUCCAUUUACUGGUGAACUCGUUUUCUUUGAAUUAUUAACAAGUAAUACAACCCAACAAACAAUUACAUCUCAAAUGAGUGUUAUCAAUAACAUUGUUCAAACCAUAACUCAAUCUUACAAGUCCACAAAUACCUCCUCUUCCAAUAAUUCUACAAACAAUUCCAAUACCAAUAGUAAUAAUAACAAUAAUAAUAACAGUAGUCCAAGUCAAGAACCUCCAAAGAUUUUCUGUUUUGGAAUUUCUCAAAACAGUUCACUAGCUUGUUCUGGUAAUGGUAAUUGCAUUUCGAAUAAUUCUUGUUCAUGCAGUGAGAAUUAUGUUGGACUCCAAUGUGAACUUCCACUCUGUUUUGGAAGUGUUAACUGUAGUAAUGGUAUUUGUAUUUCUCCUGAUACAUGUAAAUGUAAUCCUGGUCAUACAGGAUCUAAAUGUCAAUACUCAACAUUUGCUGAUCAAUGUAGUGGUUCAUUUGCAAGAGCUUUUGGUCCAACUGUAACUGAUGAACAACUUGUCUAUGAAAUGGUUCUUGUAGAUGCUAAAUGUGGUAAAACUAUUGUCAUGCAAUCACAAGUAUUGUUGGAUAAGGUUGUUAUUCCUGAAAAUCAAACCCUUCAAGAAUUGGUUACCACUACCAAGAGUCCAAAUGGAGUUAUGAUUAUGAGUUUCGAUCCUUCACUUCACAAGCAACAAAAGGAUAGUUUAGUUUUUGCUUUAAUUAGUUUACAAGAAAAUUCAUUCAAUGCCACUGUGAAAACGUUAACCACUCUUGAUACAAAUCAACAACCAACAAGUGGAUUAACAUUGGGACAAUCUAAAGUAUUAUUCAAUAAGGAAGAUCAAAGCUUUGCCAUUACAUCAGAAACUAUAUCCAAUCAAGCUCAGCUCUAUUCUUUAGACUUUGAUUCUAAUUCUGCAAAACUUGUUAAUAAUUUGGGAACCAUUAAUACUAAUACCAAGUUCUUGUUGGGAGGUAAUAUUGUAUUUGAUCCGAUUACCAAUACCAGUACCUAUUCAUUCAUUGUAGAAGAUAAUAAUGGAAAGAAUGUCAUGGCAACUAUUCCAUUAACAUCAACUACCAUCACAACCCCAAUUGAAACAGUCAACAUUCCAUUCACUGAAAAUACUGUUUUCUCUAUGGCUGUUGCAAAUACAGAUACUAAGGAACAAUUCUUGAUCAAUGUAGGAACAAAUGGUACUGAAAUUGUUGGUGUCAUUCCAAGUUUGAAAGCCGAAAAUGUUACUUUUAUUUCUCUUGAUACUGAUGGUGACUUUUCAGUUUCCAAUGUCGAAAAUUUGAUUAUCGAUACUCAAAACAAUAAGAUUACAUUGACAAACACUGAAGAUUCAACAUCCAUUUCAGUUGAGCUAACACGUAUUUCAACAGUGGAUCCAUUCCAAGGUGUUUCUAAAAUGAUUGCUUCCACAGAAUCUUCCUUCUCAUUCGUUGCUGAAACAACACCUGUAUACAGUGUUGAUAUUAAGAAAUUCUCAAAGCUUUAUUUACCAGUUUCAGGUGGUACAACAAUUACAUUUGAAGGAAAUCUUGAUGUUUCGUUUAAACCAACUUUGGGAAUUUAUUUAAUUUUCAGUGUUGAUAAUGUAUUUACUCAAAGACUUUCCAUUCAAAAGACAUCAACCAAUGGUGUUUAUCAAGUCAAUACUAAGGAAAUGAAGAAUUUGCCAUCUCAAUUAGCUGAUUUGAAUUCAUUCCAAGUGAAUGCAAAGGUUGAAAUUGUUGACUUUAAAUCUUCAUCAGCAGAACCUCUCCUUGAAGUUCCCUAUACUGGUAACCAAUUCACAGUUUAUUCCAAUCGUAUCAAUAAUGUGAGUCCAGUUUUGGGUUAUAUUGGUAAUGACAUUGUUAUCAAUGAUGUUUUCGUUCCAGAACAUACAGCUUUUGUUAAAUUAUCAAAUAAGGAUGAAUCCAUUGAUGUUAAUGUUGAUGCACAAAAAGUGUCCUCAUCAAGCAUUAAAUUCAAGAUGCCUCAACUCAAUAUUGAAACUGUACUUUUGGAUCUUCAACUUUCCAUUGAGAGUGGAGUUUAUAGUUCAACCACUCAAACAAGAUUCAGAUAUGUCAGUCCAUCUGUUCAAGAAGAAAGCGCCUCCAGCAUUUUCUCAACUAGUACCACUAGUGUAGAUGUUGAAACUGUUGCUGCGUUACCACAAGCUGCUGGUAUUCCUCUCAUUACAAAGAUUGAUUUACCUAAAAGUAGAGAUGGCAGUGCAAUGGUUUUCAAACCAACUAUUAAUUCUUCAUUAUGUUCUGAAAUGCCAGUUUUGAGACAAUAUGUAUCAUCUUCAAAGAAGUUUGAUAUUUCCAAAAUCAUUAGUUUCAAGAUUAUCCUUCCAAGCAAAUUUACUUCUGGUAAUUUGUUUGAAGUUUGGUUCACUAAGGUUGAUCAUCUUUUUAUAUCAUUAAGCUAUGAUGCAACUGGUCGUAGAAUUCAUGUCAAUGAUACAGAAAUUUCAGAUCCUUGCACGUAUGAUCUUGGAGAAACCUAUGAAUUCAGAUUAACCUAUGCUGAUCAAAAAUACACUGUUAAAUUGGUUCACGAUGUUAUGGGAACAGUUUGCGAUGCUACAUACAAGACAACAUUGAAUGAUUUUACUAAUUACACAAUGUCUGUUGGUCAAGCUUUUAACUGUAAAAAUCUUACAACAACACAAAUUGAUUCGCUCACUUCAUUUGCUUUGUAUGAUGUUGCUGAAAAGACAACUCCAUUGCUUGCCAAUAUUAGAACAGAGCCAUUGGAUGUUCUUGCUAUUGCCUUGGGAAUUCCAUUGUUUUUGGUUGGACUCAUUGGUGCUUUCUUUGCAGUUGGUGUCAUUGCCUGGUUGUGGAGAAGAUACAGAAGAAAGAACAAGUUUGGUAAAUUUGUUUAUUACAAUGAAACUAAUGCUGACAGGGAAAGAACAAUUGCUGAUUUAUUCGAAAAGAUUUCUUCAGAACCAAGCUCUUCUGAAAAUCCAACAGAAACAGAAGGCUUUGCUGAUCUUGAUGAUCUUUCGUAUGGAACAAUCAAUAAUUCAUUUAAUACAUGGGUUUAA